AUGGCUGCUGACGAGCCCCAGGCCCGGCCCCAGAAGCCCAAUGAGGAGACCUACAAGGUCGACCUGGCCCAGGCGGAGAAGGAGCAUGCUGCCGUCCAGGAGAAGCUGAAUGAAGUCAAAGCCAAGAUUGAGACCGCCAAACCCAACAACAAGGAUUCCCCCGUCGCCAAGAAGCAGCAGGAACUCCGGGCCCAGCUCGCCUCGAUCCGCCAGAAGCAGUCGGGCUUCAAGUCCUCGCGCACCAGCACCCAGGAGAAGAUCAAUGGCCUGGACGCCACCCUCAAGGCCCGCAUCGCCGAGCAGAACACCUCGCGCACGCGCAUGUCCUUCAAGAACGUCGAAGAGAUCGAUCGCGAGAUUGCGCGCCUGGAGAAGCAGGUCGACUCCGGGACGCUGCGGCUGGUGGAUGAGCGCAAUGCGCUGUCGACCGUCUCCAACCUGCGCAAGCAGCGCAAGAACUUCGCCGGCCUGGACGAAGCCCAGAAGAACAUCGACGAUCUGAAGGCUCAGAUCGCCGCCCUCAAGAAGACCCUCGAUAACCCGGAGGCCAAGGCCCUCAGCGACCAGUACACCGCGAUCCAGAAGGAGCUGGACAGCAUCAAGGCCGAGCAGGACGGCGUCUUCAAGAACCUGAACGCCCUGCGCGACGAGCGCACCCGCCUGCACGGCGAGCAGCAGAAGAAGUGGACCGCCAUCCGGGAGGUGAAGGACACCUACUACAAGGCGCGCAAGGCCUACAAGGAGUACGAGGACGAGGCGUGGCGCGUGCGCCGCGAGCGCCAGAAGGAGCAGCGCGAGACCAUGGAGCGCGAGAAGCGGAAGAAGGUCGCCGAUAAGAAGCUGGAGGAGGCCUCGCAGCUGGCCUACACCGACGAGAUCCUGACCGCGGAGGGGCUGAUCCGCCACUUCGACCCGGCCUACGACUUUGGCGCUCUGCAGCUGGACAAGCCCAAGGACGAGGGCGCCAACUUCCGCGCCGAGGUCGGUCGCAAGAUCGACGACGCCGGCAUGAAGGGCUUCAAGGUUGUCAAGAAGGAGGAGGACGACUACUUUGUGGGGACGGCAGGCAAGAAGGGCAAGAAGGGCAAGAAGGGGACGGCGGCCAGCAGCGGGGCCACCGGCUUCAACCUCAACGUUGGCAUUAUCGAGGAUUUCGCCAAGGUUAAGAUCGACCCGCCCAUGAACCAGGCGGACGUGCCGGCCUCGAUUGAGAAGCUGGCGGCGAAGGUCACCGAGUGGAAGAAGAACCAGGCUACUAAGACCGCGGAGAACAUCAAGAAGGUCGAAGCCGAGAUCGCGCGCCUGGAGGAGGAGGAGAAGACGGCGCAGAACGGACGCGCGACGGACGCGGGCAAGAAGCCGGCCCAGGCCAACAGCAAGCCCACCGCCGAGGCGGAGCUGAAGCAGGAGAAGGACGCGGUCGCUGAUGCGACGGAGGAGCUCCAGAAGGCGUCGCUGGAGGAGAAGGCAUAG